UGCCCCGGGUCGCUGAGCAGCAAAAUCAGCGGUGUGCGGGUGGAAGGAUGCUGAUGCUGCGGCUCAUUGAUGCUUUCUGCAUCGCCUGCUCGCCCUGACUGCAGCUUCCAGUCUGCAAGCUGCACCGUGGAAGGGAGAGGCUGGGACACUCGCCCGCUUAAGUUUGUCCCUGCCGAGCCACCGUCCACAUGGGAGAUCACGUGUCCAAGCGACUGCAGCUGAUGGCGAAUGGAGCCAACAUGGAGGAGCGAGCUUUUACCAAUCCUUACCCGGACUAUGACCAACAUCAACAACCGUCGUCACCGCUGGACCACGAAGGACAAGUGAGCUCGGCUUUCCAAAGGAAGGUGCAGAGCAAAAUCAAAGAUUUGCUUCAGCAGAUGGAAGAGGGGCUAAAGACUGCUGACCCUCAUGAUUUCUCGACUUACACCGGUUGGACAGGGAUUGCUUUGCUGUAUCUGCAGCUGCAUCGCGUGUCCAAUGAGGCUUCCUAUCUGCAAAGAGCACUGGACUAUGUCAAGCGAUCAAUGAGAAUUUUGAACGGGCGCAAAGUGACGUUCCUCUGCGGUGACGCCGGACCGUUAGCAGUGGGUGCAGUGGUCCAUCACAAGCUUGGAAACACUGCUGACAGCAAAGACUGUCUCACCAAGCUCCUCCAGCUGCAGCAGUCAGUGCUGAGUACAGAUACCGAGAUGCCGGAUGAGUUGCUGUAUGGACGAGCAGGGUAUCUGUAUGCUUUGCUAUACGUUAAUGACCAAAUAGGAGGCGGUACUGUGGAUGACGACACCAUUGCACAAGUCGUGACUGUAAUCAUCCAAUCAGGGAAGAAUCUGUCAGCGGAGCUAAAGAAGUCCGAACGCUGCCCGCUUCUUUAUGAAUGGCACAAGAAACAAUACGUCGGGGCUGCACAUGGCUUGGCUGGAAUCUUUGACAUGCUCAUGCAGCCUGGAGCAAAGGUACAUUCAGACACGCUCUCAGAGUUGGUUCGCCCCAGUAUAGACUACAUCCGACACAAGAGAUUCCGUUCUGGUAAUUUCCCAUCAUCGCUGAGCAACGAGAGCGACCGAUUGGUUCACUGGUGCCAUGGAGCGCCUGGAGUCAUCCACAUGCUCAUCAUGGCUUACAAGGUGUUUGAAGAGGAGAAAUACCUGAAGGAAGCAGCAGAAUGUGGCGAGGUCAUCUGGCAGAGAGGUCUCCUGAGAAAAGGCUACGGCAUCUGCCACGGCACCGCUGGCAACGGCUACGCCUUCCUGUCUCUGUACAAGCUAACCAAGGAGAAGAAGUAUCUGUAUUGGGCCUGCAAGUUUGCUGAGUGGUGUUUGGACUAUGGAACCCACGGCUGCCGCAUCCCAGAGAGACCCUACUCGCUUUUUGAAGGUAUGGCAGGCACCAUCCACUAUCUGUCGGAUAUGGCCGCUCCUGAAGCUUCCCGCUUUCCUGCUUUUGAACUUUGACCUGCCAACUGUUGGAAAGCAGUUAAAAGAAGAAAAGACUAAAAUCAUCUUCAUUUUUUGUUGUUUGACUCAAUGAAAUUACAAACUACAAAUAUUAAGAAUAUUUUUUUGAUGAAAUUACACAUUGGACUGAGGUUGCUGGCAACAUUUAUAAAGUGUAUUCUUUGGACCAAAUCAUACAGGCACACUUAAGACAAGUUGAAAUACAUAACAGCCUAUACCGUACUGUCUAAACAAGAAAUACAGUACGAGUAUUGUUGGUUUUCUAUGAAUCUGCAUGCUUGCUGUACUUUGUGUCCCGUAAUUUCUGGCAUUUAAUUAUCCUGCCUACCUUUUAAUAACUGAAAAUGAAAAUAUCCCAGAAUUCUAAGAAGCGAGGGAAACGGCAGCAACAAUGAAAGAAUAUCACAAACUAAAAAUUGCAUUUGUUGUUAUGAAAUGGGGUGAUAUCUGCAUGUGCAACAUAAAAGUUAUCAACCCGACAGCAAAAGAAUGCUCAUUAAAGCCUCCUUUAAUGACCUA